AUGUUGUCAGAGACUUCAGUGUCACUUGUAGAUAAUCGUUCUCUUGACGAGAAGAUUCUUGACGAGGCAUUGAGGAGAGGAAUAAGCCUCGAUCUUCUUUUCUCGGAUUCAGACGACAGCACAACACUGUCAACUUUUUUAUCAAAUAAUUCGUACUCUAAACCAGUACGCCCACAGCCACCACCAUUAAAUUCUCGACGGAAUACGACUGUUAAGCGUGUUGGUGGAGGGUAUCGCUUGAGUCUCGUAUCAGACAAUUCCAAGUCAUCUCUCAUCAACACAAGUAUGCAGAAUUCACCGGAAAAGUCAUUAAUUCACACAAGUCAAAGGCCAUCGCAAUCAAUUGAAAACGCUAGUCUUGACGAGAAUUCAAGACGUUCUCGACCUCGUGCCUUCCCCUCUUGCAUCGCUGUACCUGUUUCUUCCAUUAAACGAUCUCAUGUCUCUACCAAGAACAAUAGUGAAAGCUCACGUUCUGUAUCUCCCGUUAAAGGCUCCUCUGCUCCAGUAGAAUUGACGGAGCUCCAUUCAGUUUGUGAGCACUCCCGAGUUCGGACGUCCCCUGCCAUGCAGCUCUUUACUGAUUCACAGACCCACUACGUAACCGUAUCAGAGGAUGGUCGAAUUAAAGUAUGGGAUCUUGCUAAUGGGACAUUGUUACAAGAACUUAAAGAGCGUGAUCAUCUAAGCUAUCGAUACACGAGUUUAGCCUGGACACAGUCGAAAGUUAAGAGCAAGAAACGUAGUGGUGCUAGUAACUUUGGAAUGCUUGCAAUGGGUACUAGUAACGGCGUUAUUGUACUCUGGGACUUGACCACGGGUGACGUCAAAGACACAAUUCAAACUGACAAUGUGCACGGCUCAAGUCCCGUUCAGGCACUUGUUUUUAACACACAAUGUUCGCUACUGUACUCAAGCUCAAGUGAGAAGCAUGUGUUGGAGUGGAAUGUUCGCACUUGUACAUUGGAGCGUAAAUUUCGGGUUGGUACAAGCGGUGCGUCGGCUCUUGCGGUCUCUGCAGAUGGUGAAGUUUUGGCAGCCGGGGGCUCAGCGUUGCGUACGUUUGACUUAGCGUCGGGUAAAAAAAGUAGAAAGCUCGUGUCUGGUCUGUCAUCUGCUGUGACAAAAUUGAGAUUUGCCACCGUGGAAGAUGGACUCGUCUCGUCUCGAUUCUUGGUGGCGGCAACGACUGGUGCACGAUUUGUUAACAUCUACGAUCUGAACUUGACGGAACACGAUGCGCCAGCUGUCACGUUAAGUCUACCUAGCAGUGCUAAUGCAUUAUUUGCAAGAGCUUCGCUUGGUGAGACUGUGGUCGUCAAGAAGAAUAAAAAAGUCAAAAAGACCAAGAAGGAGAACGAGGAAGUUACUAAGCCCAUCGUGGAUUUGCUGGUUGGCGCGACGGAUUCGUCCGGUUCUAUGUUUUUGUGGGCACACAAGUAUCAGCAGGUGAACGACACGUCCGAGCUGGCGCUGGCUUCCAAACCGUUGUCACCAACGCUCUCGACAGAGGAGAGCGCCGGCAUAUUGCUAGCUGAUUUAUGCUUACAAAUUGGUGAGAAUCAAAAAUUAGACGUGCUUGUAGCACGUGGGUCACUUGUUAAGCCUGUGUUCGAAAAAGUCUCUCUUGUGGAGGAAAAUGCACCAAGUCAAUGGAAAAAAAAGCUGGAGUUUGCAGAGAUUAGUGAUGCUUUGCUGCUUAAGGCUGAGCAGGCUGAUCAUUCAAGCAAAAGUGGUAGCAAGCGGCAGAAAGUAGAGGCUGCUAUGGAUAAUGAAAAGACGCACGUGCCGACACUAAGUGAACGUCGUGCUCUGGUGAAUUCCAUGGCAGUCACGGACGAAACUGCCAGUUUUGAGGAUCUGAUUGGCGUAGCAGAUGAGGAGGAAGAUGAGUUGACGCUUGCUGAGCGUGUUGAGGCGUUGCGUGAGCGUGUCGAGGGUGAUGUGACUGCUGCGAUUAGCCGUGCUGAGCGCGAUGCUGAGACACCUGGAAAGGCUCCCGGUAACAAACCGGAUGCAUCGUCUUUGGCCAGUGUCCUUGAGCAGGCUCUGCAGGCACGCGACAAUGCGUUAUUGGAAUACUGCCUGCGUACACGUGACGUGAAAAUUGUGGCCAAAACUAUCGCACGUGUAUCUGCUUCGCGUGUUCUAGUAUUGCUAGAAGUGAUUGUUCAGAAGCUUGAGCGCUCUCCGAAUCGAUUUGCACGGCUGUGUCCAUGGCUACGAGCUGUUUUGCUGCAUCACACGGCGUACCUUAUGGCACAACCUGAUCUUGUGUCUAGUUUAUCAGCACUCUAUCAGCUUUUAGAAACCAGAUUGCAAGUGCAUGAGCAGAUGCAGAAACUGUCGGGUCGUCUAGCAUUAGUGUUGGGACAGAUUCAUGUAAGAAAUGAUAGCAAUGAACAGGAAGGUGGAAAGUCUCGUGCCACUGUGAUUUAUCACGAAGGUCGAAAAGGGGCUGCUAAGGACAUCUCUCUUCCUUUACGAAAUAUUUUAUCAAUCGACCGCGUGGUGCCUGCUAAUAAAAAGCAGCGGGAUCUAUUAUUGCUACCAACCAGUCAACUUUUUCGUCUCCAGAUACAGGAGAUGACAUGCAAGAACGUACCAUCAGAACUUUUCGUCUCGACGUUUGAACCUCACACUCAACUCUUUUUUCAGUUAUUGCGAGCACUGCGCAUCGACAACCAGAGACGCUUGAUGCCACAAAUUCACUGUGCACGCAGCACUCCCGAGAAACGUCUUGAGCUUAUGAGUUUAUUAAAAUUGUUCAUCACUGAGUUAGCUCAGGCACAAGACGACGUCAAGCGUAGUGAUCUACUUGAUGAAUUGUCAACCGCUGCACAUGUUUCUACUGAAUUGAAACAACUCUUUUUCGAAGACCGUACAUUGGUUUCGGGCUGUGUCGGUCUAGCUGUCUAUUUAGCUCGCGAACUUUCAAUAUCUGUGCGUCAAACUGAGACGCGUGUGAUGUAUCUACUUAGCAUUAUGCGAGUGUUUGAUGUUAUGUGCUUUGACAUGCAAUUACAAGCAAAUCAAAUUGAAAUGUUGUCAAUGAACGAAUUGGCAAGCAAUUUACUUGCUCAAGGAGUUGAAAGCUUUGCUUUGAAGUCCAUCACACGCAAAAUGCGUAAGAAAUUUAUGGUAGCUCAAGCUGCACUACUACUUGCACUCGACACAGUGCAGCAAAACGAAGAUUUUCGCUUGUGUCCGCGUCAAAUGAUGAGGAGAAUGGGUGAAAACCCCACGUCUGUUAUGUUGCUAGCUAUUCAAGCACCAGCUUUUAUAGAUUGGCUUCCGAAAUUCUUCAAGACGAUUUGUGUCGCAGUAUCGCGCACAGCUAUUGCGAUUGAGGGACUCAAAAAGGGCAAGAUAGAGAAAAAUGAAUGGAGUGAAGAGAAAAAAAUGGUCGAAGAAGAGCUGGAUAUUGAUGAUGAAGAUCCUCUCGAGUCAUCUGAAAUACUAGCACUCUGGCAAUGUGUAUCGGUGUUGGAAUUGUUGGUAAAAAGUGACAUUGUUUUGGGUGGCAAGCAAGUAUGUGCGGUACUCUUACGAACUCGAAGAGAUCACAUCGAUAUGUACUUAAGAGCUUCACGCUUUAUAACUGCGCUCAUGACGAGCGGUAUAUCUCAUCUUGAAAUUGUUGCCCUCAAGUUAUGUAGCUUUCUCGAAAUGCUACAAGACCGACGAAUAGAGUACAACGAAGAAUAA